UUUUUAAUCAGGCGUGUCUGUUAAAAAUAACCUCAAAUCAUACUAUAAUUUCUUAACAUUCCACGAAGUUCUCAACAUUUAUAACUGCCUCCAAUUCCCUCCAAAAAUAGUUCACGUUAACCCCUUGACGGUUUACACCUUCUCCACCAGAUGGCAGUAACGCUUAUUGCUACGUAAAUACGGAACAAGAAGAAGACCAGAUGCGGAAGUACGCAGUAUUGUAUUGGUUGGUUUGAUUUCACAGACAUGGCUGCGACUAUUGACUCUAUACUGGGAGAAAUAGCCGCCGUUGAAGACCCUAUUGAAGAGCUCCGCGCUCUGAAAACAGCGUUGCUGUCCACACCUGUGAGCGCGCUGAGAGACUCUGUGAGCGGGCAGCGAUUCGACGUCAUUUUCUCUCUGCUAAACUCUGACCAGAGAGAGCAGGUUGAACUAUGUGUGGACAUCCUUGAACGCAUUGUUUUGGCACUCAGCCCUGAACAGCUGGCACAGAACUACAGAGCGGCGCUGCAUGCAGGUCUAAACCACCCUCAUGAAAAGGUCAAGAUACUGGCCUUGACACAGGUCAGCAGAAUGGUGGCGCACCAAGUCACUCUGACACAAAUCCUCAACAAUCCAGACAUUCUGGAAGCUGUCAUUCACUGCAUUGCAGCAGAGAAACUAAGUGUGGAGAAACAGGCCAUUCAGUGUCUGUGUAAACUGAGUCACUCUAAGUCUGGAUUGGACAAAUUGUUCCAGAGCGACCUGCUGUCAGUCAUGAAGAAAGUGAUGGGCACCAAUGACAGUGUCAGAUACAGAUUUUAUGAGCUUGUAGUGGAAAUUUCAUCUAUUUCUCCCAUUUCUCUUGGUUACUGCGCCAACAGCGGCCUUAUCUCUAAGCUACUCAGUGAACUGACAGGAGAUGACAUAUUGAUCAGGGCCACAGCCAUAGAAAUGGUGACCACUCUGGCUCAAAGUCAGCAUGGCCGACAGUAUCUGGCCCAGCAGGGCAUCAUGGAGAAGAUCUCUAACAUGAUCAGAGGAGCUGAGACUGAACCCUUCUCCUCCCUGUACCUGCCUGGUUUGGUGAAGUUCUUUGGAAAGUUGGCCAUUAUGGACAGCCCCCAGCAGGUUUGUGAGACCUUCCCAGUGUUCCUGAACAAAGUGUUUGAGAUGGCUCUGGACGCUGACCCCGUGAUGAUCGGAGUGGCUUUGGACACUUUGGGUUUGCUCGGUUCUACUGUGGAAGGAAAGCAGGUCCUUCAGAAAACAGGAGAAAAAUUCAAAGCCGUGUUGUCAAGAGUGAGUCAGCACGCUAACACUGGAGCUACAGAGCUGAGAGUGCGCAGCUUGGACGCCAUAUCACAGCUUCUCACUCUAAAGCCAGAGCAUCAGACCGAGGACCUUCUGGCUCUGACAGAGUCCUGGUUCCACCAUUUGUCCAGAGAGCCCAUGGACAUGAUCCGUAACAUUAGUACUCAGCCGUUCCCUGAGCUGCACUGCGGGGCUCUGGCGAUAUUUAAUGCGAUCGGGGCUCAGCCAUGGGGUCAGAGGUUGAUGAUGAGUACCCCUGGUUUCAUGGAGUUCAUUUUGGAUCGUUCCACUGGUCACACCAAGGAGGCCAAAGAUGCAAAGUUUGAGCUGGUGGGCUCACUUGUGUCCUCGUCUACAGCAGCAGAUAUACUGGGCAGCCAGAAUUACAUCCGCCUGAAAUCGUACCUCAUAGAAGGAGCUUACUACAUUUCAGCUGUGGCCACCGUCAGCACAGAAGGAGCAGAGUGACACCAACUAUCUCCCUUUCAUUCAGUACACUUCUGUCAUGGCUUUAUUAUUUAAUGCUUAACUUAUGGGUAACUCUUUACUGCCACAAUUAACCUGUCCUCUGACAGGACAAAAAACAAAUCCAAACAUGACAUAAUGCGACCUACAGUAACUGAAUCAUUAAUUAAAUUAAGGAUUUAUGAAGAAACCUUUGUAUAAAAAAAUAGUUUUGUGUCAAAAAUACCUUUGUUUGCUAUUUUUUUUAAAUAAAGAUUUGCCUGACAA